GUCCAUCCAUAUGGUAACCAUUUGUUUUCUUCUAGCCAAUCAUCUCAAGCGUAGGGCGGCGAGAUAGAUGCUGGUCAGCACAGCCCACGAGCAGAACAGACUAUUACCUUUGGAAUCAAAUGUUCAGAAUAACGUCAGGGUUACUAGCAGAGCAGCCAUGGCUUGACCUUUUGACUACACUCGACAUUUCAUAUAAAUAAUACUCCCCGCUCCUUGUGUUAUGCUUGACGGUCAAAACAUCCAUCGUCUUGUACUACACCGCGAAAAUACUUGUGCCAAUGGCCUACUAUCUAUACAAGAAGAUCAAGGCGUCCAGGGAAGCUUCUAAAGCUCAACCCUCCAACCCGCUCUCCAACGAAACGAAGCCAGCAUGCCCCCAUGUAGCCCAAUCACGACAUGCACAAGUCUUCAAUCCAACAGAGGGUAACGAGCUGCGUGAUUUGGCAUCAAUUUCAUUGACAGGUGCUCCCCGAGAGAGCCAGCCCCCUAGGUCCAGCACGUCCGAAUGUGCUUUUUGCAAAGAGGAGGUGCGCCGGAGACGAAUCUAUAGGUGGAAGGUUAUCCUCGGGUUGUUUCUACCGUACAUGCUUGCGACAAUUGACUUGACAAUUGUUGCCACUGCGGUUCCUUCCAUCGCGUCGCAUUUUGGCCAGCUUAACCAACUAAGCUGGAUCAUUACGGCAUUUACCUUGACCUCCACCACGUUCAUACCCACAUUCGGUCAGCUUGCAGAUGUUUUUGGUCGCCAUGCUACCCUCCAGGUCGCCUUGUUCCUCAUGCUCAUCGGGAGUACGCUUUGCGCCGCUGCACAGACGUGGGGUAUGCUUCUGUUUGGGCGAGCGCUUCAGGGUAUGAGCUCCGCGGGCCUCAUGAACAUCAUCAUGAUCAUCCUGGCGGACAGGGUUUCACUGAACGAGAACGCAAAAAACAAUUCAAUUUUUGCUUUUGUCGGCGGCGUUGGAUACUCGAUCGGCCCAGUUGUCGGAGGUUACUUGACUGAUGCGAAUUGGCGAUAUUGUUUCGUUAUUUCUAUUGCAAUCGCGUUUGCCUCCCAUAUAAUUAUCCACAUACUGCUCCGCAACGAACUCGUGGAAGGAACCUAUUUCCGAAAGGGCUCGCGUCGCUCCUCUUUCUUACCGGCCCUUGCUACCCUUGACUUUGGUGGCGCCAUUCUUUUCAUUUUAGGUGUCGGAUUGAUUGUACUUGGGAUAUCAUGGGGUGGCUCUACCUACCCUUGGAAAUCGGCCAAGGUGCUGGCACCACUGGUUGUUGGAGGCAUUUGCUUCGUUCUGUUUUUCGUUUACGAGUAUCUCCUGGAACAGGGCAGGAUGUUUGCUCGCAUCUUCCCCAGCCAAUCGCCAAUGUUGCCGUACAGCUUGUUUAGCCGGUUGGACACCUUGUGGCUGGCCGUGCUCCAGUUCGCUACAGGCGCAGCCAUGUACUCCGUUUUCUAUUACGUCGGGGUAUACUUUACAAUUGUAGAGGACUACGCUACGUCCAAGUCUGGAGUCCAGCUGCUUUUUUAUAUCCCUGGACUUGGCGCUGGUGUGUAUAUCGCCAUGUUCAUGUGCAACAUACGACCAGCACAGACCUUUUUCCCACUCACCCUGGGAACCUUCCUCGAAACUGCCGGCUUAGCUGUCAUGACCUGGGGAAUCCAUGCCCAGAAAACCGGCGUAAUCAAUGCAAUGAUGGUCAUCGCCGGAGCCGGGACAGGAAUUCGUCUGAUGCCAGGAAACUUGCACGCGGCAGGGGUGUGGCCGGACCGUAUUGCAGCAGCAUUGUCUCUGAUGAGAUUUGCUCAGCCGUUUGGCGGUACAGUCUCAAUCAGCAUCAUGGGCUCGGUAUAUAACAACAAACUCGGAACAUUCGGUGGAUUGACCUCCGGCGAUAGUACGGGCUCUAGCAGCACUGACUCUCUGUCUGCAAUUGAUAGUCUACCAUCCUCAGUGCAGGUUAUUAUUCGGAGCUACGCACGCGAGGCUAUCAUGUGGGCAUAUAUUUCUAUCCUGCCUAUCCUCGGAAUCAGCGUGAUUACGGGUCUCUUUUUGGGAAAUGUCUGGAUUAACAAGAGGAAGAAGUCUGAAGAGGUGGAAAGUAACAAUGGCACCGUCGAGGAUGAUUCGUACAGUGAAGUAAUUUACGUGCCCUAUCUAUAUGCUCUGUUUACGGGAUCGAUUGAGAGGCACAAACAUAUCAGCAGGCCAGUGCAGCACAAUACUCUGUCUCCUGAUUCUUGAGAUUCACAGGCCCUCUUGGUCCUUGGAGGCUUUUUGGUACCCAAUCGUGCGCUGGAGCUGCAAAGCAACCACUUUUGCAUUUUAUGUAUACUUAUACUGCUUUUUGCCAAUGUUAUAAUCAAAUUUAAUUUCUG